AUGAGCUACCCACCGCCAAACUCCGGUCAAUAUCCGCAGUAUGUUCAACAGACACAAUAUCAGACUGGACAGGUUGCCCCUCAGCCGCAGUAUCCAUUCAAUCAUGUCGCGCCCCCUGCGCAGUCACCGUACGGCUACGGCAAAGCAAUCGGAUAUCCAAUGGGGAUGAUGCAACAACAGUCCUGGAAUCAAUAUGGCCAGCAAUUCUCUCAGACUAUGCCAUCACAGGCUCAAUCAUUGCCAUCACAGCAGCAGCAGCAGCAGCAACAACAACAACCACCGGCUCUUCAACCGGCGCCUUUGAUUCACGCUCAACAGCUGGUGCAACCUCAAUACCCUGCCUUCUCCCAACCAUCGCCGAUGUCAAUAUCGCAACGGCAACAUGCACCUAUCUCACAAGCCCGGCAAUCUCCUGUCCUACAACAGCAACCUCAGAUCAAUAUUCACCAACAGCAGCAGCAGUCUCCACAUCUCCAACUGCAACAAUCUCCUCGACCCCAGCUGCAACACCAGCAGUCACCAAGACCCCAGUUCCAACAGCAAUCACCCCGUUUGAAUGCUCAACAACAAUCUCCCAGAGUACAAUACCAGCAGCAUUCUUCCCCAAGAUCGCAGUUCCAGCAGUCCCCUCAAGUCCAAUUACAACAAUUGCAGCACCUGUCUGCCAUAGUUCCGUCCCAACAGCAAUCCCCCAGGCUGCAGGUCUUACAACCUUCACCCAGGUCCCAGCCAAGUCCUCAGCCCACGCUUCAGACCCAGACGUUGCAGAACAGACAGCCGCCACAUCAGCAGUCGCAGACUUAUUUGAUAGAGAAUCAGUAUAAGCAGCCUCAACGCCAGCAGCCGCAAUUAAAGCCGCCCCAGUCACAACCAUCACAUCCUCGACAACCACUUCUCCAACCGCCAAAUCUGCAGACAGCACCUUCUCAACAGCCUGUGCACCAACUAUCUGAACCUUUGAAUCAGCAUGCAGAACAUCAGCCGAAAAGCCCUCCACAACCCCCACCUGAAACACAGCAAGCUCAGCAGCCUCGAUAUCAAGAACCUUCUUUCCAGCCGAUCCGGCAAGAAGGUUUGCAACCGUCUAAUUCACCCUCUGCUCCGAAGCCGGAGCCCAUUCACACUCAACAACUACAACCUCCGCCUGUCCCUCCUGUCCCUCCUGUUCCCCUUCCCUCUUUACCUAUCGAGCAACCACAACAUCAAUUUAUCAAUCCUGCCGAGCUUUUUGUUCAAUCUCCGCUCCCCACUGCCCCGCGCUCACGGUAUGGCUCUCUAAGCCAUUUGCUUGAUAAGAGUGAACUGUCAAGUUCCCUCGAACUCCCGCCUAUACCUACCUCUGUCCCUCCAACGGCCCCAUCGUCCCAGGCAAAUGACUUCCAUGUCCCAGAACCCCAGAGCAAAGAGGCUGAAACGCAAAAAAUUCCUUUGUCAAGUGUUCUAUCCCAGCCGGAAGAACCUGCGUCUGCUCCUGAAGUGCAGCCCAUAGAGCAGCCCAUAGCUCAGGAGACGACCCCGCCUCCGCCCAAGCCGGCUGCUGAAGCAGAGCCGUCCAUUGCAAAGAGUGCGGUCAAGAAAGAACCGAAGCAGCCGGCGUCGACACCAAGAAAGGAGCCAAGGAAGGAGUCCAAGAAGCCUAAAGCAGACACUAAAGUGUCGAAGCCAAAGUCGAAAGCUGCAUCAAAGCCAACGCCUCCAAAAGUGGGCCCAUCAAAAGCUUCCCCGCCCAAAGCACCACCCCCAUCACUGCCAUCAGUGCCAUCAGUGCCAUCAGUGCCGUCGGUGCCAUCGGUGCCAUCGGUGCCAUCGGUGCCAUCCGUGCAACCUCUCAACCCGUCGCCGCCAGAGGCAGUCGCACCAAAGGUGGAUAUCUCAAGUCAAGUUCAGCCCACUCCAUCGCCUCCAAAGCAAGUUGUUCCGCAGGUCAUGAUUCCAGCACCUUCGGACCUGCCUGUCGGUGGUUUGUCGCAGACGCAAAAUGUCCCUGUUCCUAGAAAGCUGUCGACACAAGCGAGCCCGGACAGAGUCACGAAGGUCACCAAGCCGCCCGUGGACUAUCAAGUUUUGUUGCUGUCACUCGCAGAUGAGUAUCUGAAUGCUGCUCAUCGCCACGGCACUAGAACUGCUCUGGGAACAAGCCAGGCCGAUGUCGAGGAAUAUUACAAGCUUGUCUCGACUGGUCUGGGGUGCUUAGAGGCUGUCUUGAAGAAUUGGCGCUUGCAGCCUCGGAAAGAAGCUCUCGUACGAUUGCGUUACGCGCGUACCCUUUAUGAGGAGACGGAAAAUGAUCUGGAAGCUGAAACAGCGCUUAGCAAGGGUAUUGAUCUUUGUGAACGGAACCGCAUGCUCGACUUGAAGUACAGCAUGCAGCAUCUUCUUGCGCGAAUGCUUCACAAGUCCAAUCCCAAGGCAUCUUUGAAGGCUGUCGACGGAAUGAUUCAAGAUGUAGAGGCUUAUCGUCAUACUGCCUGGGAAUAUACUUUUCGAUUCCUUCGGGUCACACUUUCACUUUCGUCUUCAUCUCAUCCAGACUCUGUCCAGGCUCUUCAGCAUCUUACCAAGAUCUCUACCAUGGCUAGUCGCAACGGCGACAAAGCAGUGGCUGCAAUGGCGGCUGUCAUUGAAGCAUUGGCACAUUUGCAGCAAGGAACCGGUUCAGAUGCCAUUGAACAAGCUCAGCGCGCGCUGGCCGCCGCUCGCAGCCAUCAACUGAAUGAAGAAUUCAAGCACAUCCCACAGCUCGUGACCCUGACUCAGAUGGUUGACAUCUGCUGCAGUCUGUUGGAAUACGAUGUUCCACAGGCAUCGCAGAAGCUCAAGGCAUUACAAACUCUAGCAGAUGAGACCUUGAACGACCCCAAUUGGCGAGCUGACGGCUCAUUCUCUGUUCCCCUGAGUGGCAAAUCGGCUGGUCCUUCAUCAAUUGAUACGGGCGAUAUACUUCAGGUGCAAAAUGGGACCUUGCUCCUCAGCUUCAACUGGCUGCCGCAACAUGAUCUUUACGCGCUUUCGUACUUCCUCAGCUCAAUUACGCUCAGUGCCAAAAAUUCCUACGAUGGUCGCAAGGCGGAGCAAUUUUUGGAUGAAGGGCUCCGUAUGAUUCAAGGAAGCUUCACCGCGCCCCAAGAGAUUUCCGAGUCGAUGGUGAACGCCACGAAACGUGUUGAAUGGCGCCGCUCUCUUUGCUGCAACUUCCUUCUACAACGUGUAUUCCUCGCUUGCGCUCGGACUGAUUGGGAAUUUGCCGCGCAGUCCUUGCAGGAGCUUCGACAGUUCGCACAAGAGUGUGGGCCAAAUUUGCCCACGUCCAUCCAGUGUUUGAUGGAGUAUGCCGCUGGCACCAUUGCGCAAGCAACUGGUGACCUCGCUCAGGCGCUGAGCAUCUUCCAAUCUCCGUUGCUGUCGCUCUCGCAGUCUGCUAGUAAAACGGCCCGAAACGAUCCUUGUCGAGACACUUGCAUUCUUGCCGCUCUGAAUACCAUCCUCAUCAUUCGUGACCCUUCUCAUCCCGCUCAUCCCCACCUCCCUGCAGUGCAAGCAACUAUCGAACCCUUUUGUCAGAACGGGCCGAACAAGUACAUCCAAGCAGCAUACUAUCUCGUCUGUGCCACUGUACAGACGGAGUCGACCAUCCAAACCAAGACUUUCCUGCAACAUGCUCUUCAGUCCGCUACCGCGAUCAGCAACUCUCAAAUCACAUGCAUGACGCUGACCUUCAUGAGCUGGAAGUAUUUCCGCGGUGUUGUCGGUGAACAAGCCGAGAAAAGUGUCCGAGCCGGUCGGGCCAUGGCUAAAAGAGCCAACGACCGGCUGUGGGCCAGCGUUACGGAUGAAAUGCUAGCGGAAACACUUGAGCGACACGGAAAAGGGGAAGAGGCUCGUGGCGUGAGAGAGGAAGGCCAGCGUUUGAUCACAGGUCUUCCCCCUAGCCUGAAACGACCAGCUUCAUAG